AUGCUAGAUAUAACGUUCUUGGGAACAUCUGGUGGACCUAUCGAAGGUGCCACAUGUGCAAUUCUUGUCAAACCUUCCGUAAUAUCAUACGACAGUAUACUUAAUGAAAGCUUGCAAGACGAAUUGCUAUGCAUAGAUGCGGGCUCGGGUAUCUACCUGUUGAGUGAAAUCAUAUACAACGAACAGGAGAAUAACCAGCCGUAUUCAAGGUGUAAAAAUUUAUACCCCGAGUCAAUGGAGGUAGAUCAGUAUAUAGAUCCUAAGUUACUUUUAACACCCUUCAAAGAUUUACACCAGUCGUCACCAUUUAAAUUGGCCUGCAAGAUCUUUGAGAAUAUGAACCAUUACCUUAUCACACACCCCCAUCUUGAUCACAUAAGUGCAUUGGCCAUUAAUUCUGCAGGGUUCAAGCCGAAUAACUCGCAAAAGAAAGUGAUUGGAUCCGCUAACACUGUCAAUUCCCUCCAGGACUAUAUUUUCAAUGGAAUAAUAUGGCCCAACAUGCCCUCCUUCAACAUUAUUAAAUUGGUCACAAUGGAUUACUGGGUGAAGUCUCAGGUGGGUCCGAAUUACGAAAUAACGAUGUUCAAUCUUCUGCAUGGUAAAAUAAAGAAUAACUUAUGUUCCACUGUAGUAAAUGAAAGGAAAUCAGACACAGACUCACCAAAGACACCAGCAUCACGCAGUGGUAGCCCCAAUGUCAACGGUGGUGACCAAACAUAUGAAUCCUCAGCAUUCCUCAUCACUUAUAAAAGCGAAAGCACUUCAAUAUUGGUGUUUGGAGAUUUUGAAUCAGAUUUAAUUUCGAAAAGUACCAAAAACUUUCAAAUAUGGCAUCAUAUUGCUCCGCUAAUUACCUCAAAGUCUCUCUCAGCUGUUAUCCUUGAAUGUUCAUCCUGUCUGUCACUGUCUCACAUAGAGUUAUACGGUCAUUUGAUGCCUUUGCAUUUGAUUAAAGAAUUGGAUUCUCUUGCACUGGAAUGCAGGAGAAUCAAUCCUACCUUGACAAAACCUUUAAAAGGAUUCAAUAUUAUUGUUAAUCAUGUCAAAGAGAGUGCCGAUGGACAAUUUGAUCCUAGAAGAAAAGUACAAGAAGACUUAGAGAGGUUGAAUGAAGAGUACGAUUUAGGAGUUAAAUUUUCAAUUGCACUAGGAGGAGUCACUAUUAGGAUAUAA